CUUCGUUUUCUGUAAAAUGGUUCAUUAACUUCAUGGAACAUGGCCAGUAAUUGGAGUAAAUGUGGUGUCUGUGAUGAUCGUCAGGUUACCACGCCAUCAGUAGUCUGGUGUUCCGAAUGUGACAAAGGACUAUGCGUAGAUUGUAACGAACAUCACAGUGUUUCCAAGGCAUCAGGAAACCACGAAACCGUUUAUAUCGCCGACAACCAGAAGUUACCGACAGAAAUUCUCCAAAUCGCCCAGUUCUGCAAAAUUCAUAACGAAAAAUAUGAACUUUUCUGCAGAAAACACGACUGUCCAUGCUGCAAAAAAUGUGUGAAAACGCAUAACGACUGCAAAGAUUUAACCGACAUCAAAGAAAUCAUAUCAAACGUCAAAGCAUCAAGUGCCUUUUAUGAUAUCGAACAAACUAUAUUGGAACUGGCCGAGAAUGUAAGGCGAAUCCGUUCCAACCGAGAAGACAAUUUAAAAUCACUGAAAAUGGAGAGAGGACAAAUUGAAGCAGAAAUCGAACAAACCAGAAUAAAGUUAAAUAAUGAUCUAGAUAUACUUAAAGAUGAAGUAAUUAAAGAAUUAAUGACAGCUGAACAAACCGAAAGCAAGAAAAUACACAAGUUGCUGAAUACUUUAAAGGCUAAGGAAACGCAGAUCACAAAAUACCAAUCAAACAUGUGUGAUAUUAAACAGCAUGCAUCAGAACUCCAAACCUUCUUGACCAUCAAACAUAUUGAAAAGGAUUUAAAGGUCGAAGAAAAAUUUAUUCGGUCGAUUACUGAAAGUUCCACCACUAAUCAGGUGAAUAUUAUAUCCCAAAUUAACAAGAACUUCCAGAAGUUUGCAAAAAUUGAUGUCUGGUAUCGUCCACGGAAUUUUACUAUUCAGACACGGAAGGACAGACAAGCCCAGAUUAUGGUAGCUCUUCCAGCUAGAAAUAUCGAUAACCUGACUCUGAGAUUACAGAAACGUAUCAAUAUAAAGUUGUCAGAUGUCUCUGGUUGUUCAAAGCUCCUAGAUGGAAGGAUGAUUUUCUCUUGCUAUGACCAAAAUAAGAUAAGCAUAUUCAAACCUGACGGUUCGAAAGAUUUUGACAUAAUUAGUAUCUGUUAUACGUUUGAUGUGGUAUUUAUUGGUGAUGAUUCUAUUGCUGUAACAUGCGGCGAUUCAAAAAAGAUUAAUGUAAUUGACUUAAAGAAGAAAAAACUGAAGAAAUCAAUAAAAAUAAAUUCACACAAUAGAGGAGUAGUAUAUAGAGACGGACAUUUGAUUUAUUGUGCCAGUGAUAAAGGACUACAGAUGAUCAAUCUACGUGAUGAAUCCAUUACCAAUGUUACCAAUAACAAAGUCUCAGGAAUAUCGUACGUUACAACAUUCGGUGACAAACUGUUCUACACAAACUAUAAAAACGACAGUGUAACCUGUUGUGAUUACCAUGGUAACAUACUGUGGACGUUCUGUGAUACACGUGUUCUGAGCUGUCCACUCGGUAUCACUGUAGACAAUGGCGGUAACGUGUUUGUAGUGGGACAUAUUUCUAAUAAUGUGGUCAUUAUCUCUUCCGAUGGACUACGCCACAGACAACUUUUAUCACGUGAAGAUGGACUGAAGGGACCACAGGUUCUGCACUAUGGCACUUCUACCAAUACAUUGUUAGUGGCAAAUGAAUGCAAUGAUGCAUUCUUGUAUGAAGUUAAAUUAUAA